GCUAGGUGUUUGUCAGCGUGUGUUCAGGAAUAUAUGUCACAGAUUUAUGUCGCCUGGGCUAACAGCUAAGCUAACGGUUUUUUUUUGGUUUUUUUAAUGUCGCUAAACCAGUAGCAUCCCUCUCUACACUUGCCUCACUGAAGCGUUAUCCCCUCCGUGAGGUUAAAAAAAAAAAAAAAAAAAAAAAAAAAAGUAAGUUCAUGUGAAAGUAGAUGCUAGCGUUUGCGGAUGUUUCUGAUUCAAACUUUGUGCAAAAGGUCCCGUUGCCAUGUCGAGCUUGUUACUUGUUCACUAGAAGAAUGUUCGGAGGAGAUAUCAUGACGUUAACAUGUCACCCCCGGUAUCGGUACUUGGCACAGGCAGACAUGGCAGACGAGUAUGCAUGCAUGCAUGCAAGGAAGGAAGGAAGGAAGGAAGGAAGGCACCGCUGCUCGGUCUUGUCAUUUACCUUGCAGCGUGGAUCUUGUCUUUGUUGCCAGCUAACGUAUAGUCCACGCUGAGGAUCCACGGUUGAUGAUGCAAACGUGAACAUAAGUUAUCUCGUUAGGCGUAAUCGGAGGGUUUUUAACUCUCUGCACACUCGAUCCAAGAGUGCAUCACUUCUAAAGUAGUGCAUGGUGUAACCGCUUGUUGUGGUUCCAAGCUUCGUGUGACAGCAAAAACUGGAUAUAACACAGGUGCAGUGAUGUCACAGAACUGAGGACAGCGCUCAUACGAAUAUGGAGUUCGGAGAGCGGCUGACCUCCCCAUCAUCAGCCCCGUCCUCCCUUCACAUGGCCUCUUCUUCAGCCGGCUCCUCCCCUGCUCCACCCCAGACACCCUCCUCAAAGUGCAGCCCGGCCCCGAGCCCUGCAGGCAGCUCCCUUCUCACCACCUGUGGCCAUCUGCGGCAGGUACCUGGGGAUGAACGUUCAAAUAUUUCUGGCAGCUCCAAUGGUUUCCCUUUGGUCAGCCAUCCAGCUUUUGGGCUCUACACAUCAAGUUCAGGUCGCUCUGAGUUUGGAGGCCUUGGAAGUCUUGGCUUGUCUGCCUUGGCUGCUCACUCCCAGUUUGGUACAUUUCCAGACUGGUGGCGGCCAUCUGAGGCACAUACCAGCGGAACCGGGUCCUUCUUCCCUCCUCUUCUAGGUCUGCAUCCCAUAUUUGCAUCAACCUUCAAAGGCCACGAUCCCACUCACUUGCAGUCACGUACCUCAGUUUCUGUAGGUGUAGUUGGAGCAGUGAAUGGUAGGAGUGCUUCUUCUCCUACUGGGAACUCUGCUGUGACCACCAGUUCAUUUCCAACAAAGGGAAACACUGAGAAAACUAAAGCCAACAGUAGUCGGUGUCAAAAGAACAGCCAGGACCUCGGCCAACUGCACCAGAAGAUCACCCAGAAGACAAAAGAAAAGAAACCCAACAAAAGACCACUAGAGACCUCCAGCAUGAGUGGCAGCCAAUCGGGAUCAUUGUCAGAUAUUUCCUCCAGCGAUGGUGAGGAGAGCAGCAGCGAUCCCGAUGACAUGGAGGACGACAAUGAUGAGGAUGAUCAGAGCAUUGACAGUAGCAGGUCUGAUUCAGAGAAAGACUGUCAAGUGAAAAUGAAAGUCAAGCGGCUGACACAGAACACUUGUGAGAGUGAAAAGAAGAGACCUUGCACUGCGGAUGGAAAUUCAACUCAAGACCGUCGACGCGAAACCAUUCCUUUGACUUCCCCGUACCGCCUGCAUUCCUCUUCCCAUCUCGCCGGCCUGUCGCAGUCCGCGGCGCUGUUCCUCCAGAGCUCCGGGACUACAGAGGCCGGCCAGCAGCACAUCAGUGUGAUCCAGGCCACGGGGUCGGCAGCCGGCAACAGUCCCCGAGCACCGUCCCACAGGGAGGCCUCGCCACUCCCCUCCAGACCACCAACCAUGUUAGCCUCACAAAAGCCUCCACAGAAACCAAAAUUCCUGAUGCCCUCUCUGAAGCACACCCAGCUUGUCGUUGGCACGAAGGAGAGCAGUGGAAACCUUCCGGAUGAAAGAUUGUUACAUUUGAAGAGUUUUAAUUUGAAACAGCCCCUCCACUCCAAGGACUCCGUGAAGCAAGCUUUCUCUCUGCGACCCAAGAGCCAGAACUGGUAUAAAAGUCACAAAAAUGCGUCAUCCUCUUCGUCGUCGCUGUCGCAUCAUAAACAUUCGUCGGAUACGUUCAGCAGUCAUUUACUGUCCCUCCCACACAGCAAUGACACCAAUCUGUUCCUGAACCACCACCUUAAUGGAGUGAUCCACAACGCAGUUCAGGAUGCCCCUUUGGCCCUCAUCACUAAACCCCGCAGCCAGAGCAGCACCCCCAGUAGCAAGCCCCUCCUGGUAGCCACCAGCCCUGCCUAUCUCAUGCCCAUCAACCUGAGCACAUGCACCAAGGAGAUGUCCGGCACCUCCGCUUCCCCACUAAAAUCUUCAGCCUCGUCAGGUCUUGCUCACAGGCCAAGGAAGAAUACCACUCCCAAGUCUUUGCAUGCAGGAAAGAGCCUCGCUAAGACCAAAGCAUCCUGUCCACCUGUAGACUUGGUCAGAGGCAGCGAGUCUGAUAUCCACAGCAGCAGGGACUCGGACGACUCUUUAGGAGAUGACUUUGUUGACGACGAUGAAGACAACGAAGAUGAUAUUGAGGAUGAAGAUUCUGGCAGUAGCCUGUCAGAGUCGGAGAGCAAUCUGGAUAGCGACUCUGAUGGCUCUGAGGAUGAUAUUAAGGAGCGCAGUGAGACGGAAGCAGACAGCGAUGCAGAAAGGACUCCCCUGAAACUCGCUAAAGCCUCCUUGUCUACUGAAAGGUCCUCGUCGAACCUCUCAGCCAACUGCUCCCAGCUUAACCUGAAGAUCAUCAAGCCUCAAAGUACCCUACUUACCCCCAACGCAGUGACCAGCUCAGGGGCACUGAGUAACCACAGCACCAUAUCGCCAUCCUUCACGUUCGCCCCACAGCCAGGAUCAGGAAAGAGGAGGAGAGUAACUGACGAGGGAGUUCUGCGGUUGCCUCUUGAGUUUGGGUGGCAGAGAGAGACCCGUAUCAGGACUGUGGCGGGUCGUCUACAGGGAGAGGUUGCUUACUUUGCUCCGUGUGGGAAGAAGCUGCGUCAGUAUCCUGAUGUUAUGAAGUACUUACUUCGGAAUGGAAUAAUUGAAAUCUCCCGAGACAAUUUCAGCUUCAGUACAAAAAUUCAAGUUGGCGACUUCUACGAAGCCAGAGAAGGACCGGAGGGUUUACAGUGGUUCUUGCUGGCAGAGGAGGAGAUCGCUCCCAGUAUCAUAGCGAUGGAUGGGAGGCGCAGCCGUUGCACACGGUCUGAGCGGCAGUCGAUUGGUGAUGACACUGGGGACAGCAGGUGGAAGACCCAUCCUCUUCAUAUUGAUGAAAAUAACUUCCACGAUGUCAGUGAUGCGAAGCUGCUACGCAAACUGGAGGCUCAAGAAAUAGCUCGACAGGCAGCUCAGAUCAAAAUGAUGAGGAAACUUGAGAAGCAGGCCAUGGCACAAGCAGCCAAGGAGGCAAGGAAGCAGCGAGGUAAACACCUAACCUCAACUCACACUUACAUCACAAUGCUGUGUGCAAGCCUAAUUUGUCUGUGUCGUCCAGCAAAAAUGGCCGCAGAGGAGAGACGGAAAAAGAGGGAGCAGAUGAAGAUUGUUAAACAGCAAGAGAAGAUCAAGCGCAUUCAGCAAAUUCGUAUGGAGAAAGAACUCCGUGCACAGCAAAUUCUCGAGGCAAAAAGAAGGAAGAAAGAAGAAGCAGCCAAUGCCAAAAUAUUGGAGGCUGAGAAGCGAAACAAGGAGAAGGAGAUACGAAGACUCCAAGCCGUCAUACUGAAGCACCAGGAGUUGGAGAGACAUAGACUAGAUAUGGAGAGGGAAAGACGCCGGCAGCACAUGAUGCUCAUGAAGGCUGUGGAGGCCCGUAAGAAGGCAGAGGAGAAAGCGCGUCUGAAGAAAGAGAAGAAGGAUGAGAAACGGCUAAACAAGGAGAGGAAACUGCAGCUCAGAAGACUGGAACUUGAAAAGGCGAAGGAGCUGAAGAAACCAAAUGAAGACAUGUGCUUAGCAGAUCAUAAGCCACUUCCAGAGUUGUCCCGGAUCCCUGGUCUGGUCUUACCGGGUAGUACCUUCUCUGAAUGCCUGAUGGUGCUGCAGUUUCUGCGCAGCUUUGGGAAGGUGCUGAGGCUAGACACAAAUCCAAACAUGCUUAACCUAAGAGACCUUCAAGAGGGUUUGCUCAACACUGGGGACAGUAUGGGCAAGGUGCAGGACCUGCUGGUGAACAUGCUCUCCGUCGUUGUGUGUGAUCCUGGUAUACCUGCAGGUCACAAGCAUAAGACCGCCUUGGGGGACCACCUGACUAAUGUGGGGAUCAACCGAGACAACGUGUCCGAGAUCCUGCAGAUCUACAUGGAGGGUCACUGUGAGCAGACGGAGCUGGCUGCUCUGGCCCUCAGCCUCAGGACCAAAGCGUUUCAGGCCCACAGCCCGUCACAGAAGGCCUCCAUGCUAGCAUUCCUAGUCAACGAGCUCUGCUGCAGUAAGGCUGUGAUCAGUGAGAUCGACAGAAACAUAGAUCACAUUACCAACCUGAGGAAGGAUAAGUGGGUUGUCGAGGGAAAACUUCGCAAACUGAGGAGCAUCCACGCCAAGAAGACGGGGAAAAGGGACAGCGGUGUGGGGGGAGAGGACAGCCACACCUUUGUCAUCCCCGCUGCCAGAAACAAAUGCAAGAGGAAAGAAGGGGACAGUGAGGAGGAAGAGGACGAGGAUGACACCAGUGAAGACCAAGGAGAGGACGACGACGACGAGGAAGAAGAAUUGGGGGGGAGGAAGGGGAAGACAGCGGAGAUAUGUGAAGAGGAGGACGACAGUGUACACUCAGCCAGCACGGAGGAGCUGGAGAAACAGAUGGAGAAAACAUACAAGCAACAGAGUCAGAUCAGACAGAAGUUAUUUGACUCAUCUCACUCACUGCGCUCCAUGACGGUUGGACAGGACCGCUACAGGAGACGUUACUGGGUGCUUCCGCAGUGUAGCGGCGUCUUUGUGGAGGGCAUGGAGAGCGGUGAAGGUUAUGAAGAGAUGGAGAAAGAGAGGAAAAGACAGAGGACUGCUGCGGUGAUCCGUGUAAAAGAAGAACAGCUGGAAGAGACAAAGAAGCCAGUGGUCUCCAGCCCAGCACAGAGCACAGACGGCGAUACAACCACACCGGAGGGCCAGCAGGACAGGGACAGUCUCAAUCUGUUCCUCCAGAAACCCGGCUCCUUCUCAAAGCUCAGCAAACUCCUUGAAGUAGCCAAAAUGGCUCGAGAUUCUGACAUCAACUCUCACUGCAGUCGUUCUGCUAAAGUUCCUACCACUGCAUCUUAUCCCUCAUAUCCUACCUCUCAGGCAGCUACUAGUCAGCAGGGACUGAUGGAUAAAUCAGAUACUUCAGUGCUGUCUCUGCGUAGUGCCCCCCUGCUCAGUAAUCCCUGGAUAACCUGCAGCCCUCAGUCUAUCUUUCAUGAGGACCAGCUCUCCAAGAUGCUGAUGGAAAAGAGCAACCAGUGGUUUAGCCUCUUGCCUCGCUCUCCUUGUGACGAGUCCUCAUUCACCUCAGGCUCCAGCCCUCCAGACUCCUCCUCUCCCCUACAGACCGUCGGCACCGAAUCCCCCUCCCCCGAGCCCCUAGCUACAGCCAGUUCCAGUGCUCCUGCUGGGAUCAGUAACAUUCAACCUUCUGUCUCUCAGCAAGUAAAGUCUGGCAUUCAUCAAAGCCGGCUGACAUGGUGCGACGUGUCCAGCACAGCAACAAGUCCCAGCAUGCCCUUCUCUGGUGCUUCUCUACCCCCAAUGCUGGAUCUGGCCUCCCAACAUGCAGAGGGUAAUGGCAAAAAGGUCUUCUUCCUGGCAAAUCACAACUCGGACAACAAGAGUGAGACCCCAGAGCGACAGAGUGACAAGCCCGAGUGUGCCUCGUUCCCUGCUGUGGAAGUGGCCAAGACCCAGGACUACCCUAGUCCUCAGCCCAUCCCUGAGGAGAUGCUGUGUGGCUGGUGGAGGGUGGCAGACAUGGAGGGACUGCACAGUCUGGUCAAGGCCCUCCAUAGCCGAGGCAUCAGAGAGAAGGCCUUGCAGAAACAGAUCCAAAAACAUAUGGAGUAUACGAACCAGCUCUGUGCCAAUAGCAAGGACGCGAUUGAUGUGGCAGAGCUGGAGAAGGGGGAGUUGCGUGAGGAGACGGUGGAGGGUUGGUGUGUUGAGGAGCAGGCCAUGGAGGUGGACAUCAGCCUGCUGCAGCAAGUCGAGGGUCUGGAGAGGAAAGUCAUAUCUGCCAGCCUGCAGGUCAAGGGUUGGAUGCAUCCCGAGCCCCAGUCGGAGAGGGAGGAUCUGGUCUACCACGAGCACAAGCUCUUUGCUUCCCCUGCUCCAGAGAAGAAAGGACAGAGAGAAACCAGCCAGGACGAACUCCCUGGCACGGUGGUGCGACGGCCCCACAAUCCCCUUGAUAUAGCCAUCAUCAGGCUGGCAGAGCUGGAGAGGAACAUCGAGCGAAGCGAGGAGGAGGCGGCACCGGGGAUGAGGCUGUGGCGUAAAGCCCUCAGUGAAGUCCGCAGCUCAGCUCAGCUGUCACUCUGCAUUCAGCAGCUGCAGAAAUCCAUUGCCUGGGAACGAUCCAUCAUGAAAGUGCACUGCCAGCUCUGUCAAAAGGGGGAUAAUGAAGAACUGCUCUUACUCUGUGAUGGAUGUGACAAAGGCUGCCACACUUACUGCCAGAAACCCAAGAUCACUACAGUACCUGACGGCGACUGGUUUUGUCCCACUUGUGUAGCAAAGGGGAGUGGUCAAUCCCCCUGGAGUAGGAAGCAGCAGAGCCGAACAGCUGGAGGAGGGAAGAAAGGCAGCGAGGUAAAACGAAACAGUAGGCCAUCUGUGGUAGGAGAGCUCAUCAAAGACGAGGCUGCCAGCAGCAACAGCGUGCCAAAGAAAGGUACCAAGGAGUUCAAAAAGAGGAAAGGAGACGACAGCCCCCCUUGCUCCCAGGCCAGGCACGGCAGCCCCGUCUCCUGUGUGAAAAAAGCCAAAACGACCAAAGAGAGCAACACAAAUGGACUGACGAUGUGCCGAGUGCUGCUGGAUGAGCUGGAGGCCCAACAGGACGCUUGGCCCUUCCUCACGCCCGUCAACCAGAAAGCCGUCCCUGGAUACAGGAAGGUCAUCAGAAAGCCCAUGGACUUCUCCACCAUCAGAGAAAAGCUCACCAACAACCAGUACUUGAAUUUGGAAACUUUCAUCGUUGACGUGAACCUGGUUUUUGACAACUGUGAAAAAUUUAACGAAGAUGAUUCCGAAAUAGGACGAGCCGGCCACAGCAUGAGGACAUUUUUUGACAAACGAUGGACCGAACUGCUGGAGUAGCCGUUUGCCGUGUGGACUUUCAAUGCUACUCUCUACAUAGCAUACUUCAUCUUUGGUGUUGGAGACCUUCUCAUCACCUGUGACACUAAAUCAAUAAAUAAGUUAUAAUACCACUGACGUGCAAUGUGAUGGGGAAACGAAUUCUCCUGCUGAGAAAACACACUUCAUGGAUUAAUAUCUUUAAAGUGCAAUACUGUUUUCUUUCUCAGAAUGCACUGACUCUUGGGCUCAAUAUUGUAUUUGGGCCUUUCUACUUUGGGGAUUUCCACAGUAAAUAUGCCUUUUGCUUCCUUUUUCUUUAUCAUCAGUACUUUAGUUUAGUGUGAAUGUGUGUAUUUAUUUUCUCAAGUAUUUAUGUUACAGUCAGUCUUUUCUAAAAACAAAAAAAGCAGGACAUGGCAAACAGCUUUAAAAAAAAAAAAAAUCAAAAGAUUGUUUUAUGAACUAUUAAUAAACUAGCCAAUCAAAAAACAAAAUAAUUGUUUACAGCUCUUUGACUAUAUGGUGCCAGAGCAGUACUACUGUUAAUUGUGUAAAAUACCAGGAGGUAUUACUAUCACUCUUUCAAGUCGUAUUUCUAACGUGUAUAGAGUGUACAUACAGUACAGUCUUGUUCAAAUAUUGUUAAUGCAUAAGGAUGAUUGCAGCACUUCAUAUGUCUUAUACUGUGCUCUGCCUGUGCUGAAUAUCCGCUCAAACACUGGUCUCCUCAGUAUUGUAGUGCCUGACCUCUGACCUCUAAACAGUGUGUGGAGGAGUGUGCUUUUUUUCUAUUUUCUGUGCGUGUACUGUUUGUGUGUUCUGCACAAUAUACUGUAGGAAACCCUUACACAAAAGCUAAUAUUCUUUAGAGCUUCUCCUCUGAAAACAAUUGAUGUGGUGCAUAUAGUGUGUUUCAUCUCCAAGCGUUUCCUUCAAGCCAGUCUUGUCAGAAAUCCCGCGGACAGUCGUAGAACCUGCAGUGGGCUUUAAUCCAGCUGUGAGUCAGACAGAGUCACGGUCCAGCGGAGGCAUCUCCAGACAGCUGAAGUCAGAAGACUUGAAGUAACUGUAUUUUGUUAUGAAUAUUGUGAAAUGAGUAGCGACUUUUGUGGGAAUAUUAUUUUUGAAUAGUGAGUGUGUGGCACAGAUGAAAUAAACCUGUUUUUCAAAAUAACACUUUUGGGCCCUCACUGUCUUCCCUAUUGAUUCAGAGUAAGUCUAAUUUUGAUAAU